AUGUCAGAAACUGAGUUGGAAAAGAUAAAAGUAAGAACAGCCGAGCAUUUUGAAAAUGACAAAAAUAACAUUCCUUGGUUAAAAGAAGGUAAGUCGUCUUCUGGACUUUGUCCUCUGGGUGAGCCAGAUACGCAACUCACCAAUGAAAAGCAUGCCGACGAGAAACCUAUUAAUGCUAUCGUUAUAAAUUCAGUAUCCGAAUUCAAUAUCACAGAUGGACCAGCCCAGGAAACCCCCAACGAGAAAAACCUGUCAGGAUCGAGCACUUCACUCUCUUCCCUCGAAGAAUGCCAAACGAAAUUUCCCUACCUCCAAACUAAUACUUCAGUUCAUCAGAGAGACCCUGACGAGGAGUGUGCCUCCCUAAUCCUUGCCUGUCUCUUCUGUCAAUUCUUGGACUGCCUCUUCAUGCUCCCUGACACGUGUGAGACGGUGUGCAUCAACCUGUGCUGUCCCUCACACAGGUACUACUCUGCCUCAGAUGAGAACCAUCCACGCAAUGACUGCAACUUGACCUGCGACGUGGACUGCAGCCUCUUUGAAUCUUGCCAUGAGACCAGUGAAUGCUUGGAGCUGGCCAUGGAGAUAUCAGAAAUCUGUUACCGCUAGCACAAGAAGGAAUGAGCACGUGGCCGGUCCUUUUGGCUACAAGUGGGGGAAUUCUAUUACAUUGCAUCUGAAAUAAGAGCUCUGUGUGCCCAAAUGCAAGGACCAUACAUGUUUCAUGGAGGCUCUAGGCCAUUUUUAUGCUGCACCUGCCUGGGAAAGCUACUACUGUCAAUUUGUUCCAACUUUCACAGUCGCAUGGCUCGCUGCAAAAUAAUUCUUGAUGUGUGAUGAACAAAUCUCGAAUA